ACGGGAGCGGGAGGGGGGGAAGAAAAGGGAAUUCCAACCUGUGGAACUUGGGGGGGUCCUGAAGUCGGCUCCUUCCCAUUGACUGUGGACAGUGCGAGGGUCAGGGUCUUUGGCGGCUCAUGAGGGUGUUGGGGUCCGCAGGGUGAGGGAGGGGGCUGUCAAUGCGAGUGGGGUGCGGGACUUCCAAACUUAGAAUCUUGAGGCCCUCUGGGCUCAGACGCCGGGGAGAGAGCUCCCGCCGCCAUGCGGGACAGGACCCGCGAGCUGAGGCAGGGGGAUAACAGUUCGGACGAUGAGGACAAGGAGCGAGUUGCGCUGGUGGUGCACCCGGGCACAGCUCGGUUGGGGAGCCCAGACGAUGAGUUCUUCCAGAAGGUCCAGACAAUUCGGCAGACUAUGGUCAAGCUGGAGAAUAAAAUCCGGGAGUUGGAGAAGCAGCAGGUCACCAUCCUGGCCACGCCCCUUCCCGAGGAGAGCAUGAAGCAGGACCUGCAGAACCUGCGUGAUGAGAUCAAACAGCUGGGAAGGGAGAUCCGCACUCAGCUGAAGGCCAUAGAGCCUCAGAAGGAGGAAGCUGAUGAGAAUUCUAACUCCGUCAACACAAGAAUGAGAAAAACCCAGCAUGGGGUGCUGUCCCAGCAAUUUGUGGAGCUCAUCAACAAGUGCAACUUGAUGCAGUCUGAAUACCGGGAAAAGAACGUGGAGCGCAUUCGGAGGCAGCUGAAAAUCACCAAUGCUGGAAUGGUUUCUGAUGAGGAGCUGGAGCAGAUGCUGGACAGUGGGCAGAGUGAGGUGUUUGUAUCCAAUAUACUGAAGGACACACAGGUGACUCGACAGGCCCUAAAUGAGAUUUCAGCUCGGCAUAGUGAGAUCCAGCAGCUUGAACGCAGUAUCCGUGAGCUUCACGAGAUCUUCACUUUUUUAGCAACUGAGGUGGAGAUGCAGGUAUGGCCUCAAUCAUGGCUCCUCCACUACCAACAGAACCCACCUUCAUGAUUCUAAGAGCUCCCAAGUUUCCCCCUAGAGGACCUGCCUUCUAAAAUUUGAGCAAGGUUGGGGUGUCAGUGGUAUUCCUCUGGCCCAUUGUAGGAGCUGAGGUAAGCUUCCAGCCCUGUCCUUGAGGAGCUGACCUCAGUAGUGCUACAGCCAAUGCCCUUUUGCAGCUGGGAGUCAUGGGAAAGGGCUUUCAUUCAGUAGGAGUACCAGGACCUGAAGGCUGGUAGUGUCAGGAGGAGGCAGGAACAGGGAGGGCUUCAUAGCAGCUGGGAAACAGACAUAGAAGAAUGGAUGAAUUCAGAUAGAUUUGUAAGGGGACAAAAGUUCAAUAUCUAUGAAAAAGGUAGGAGCCAUUUGAGGCCCGUGGCUCCAUCUUGCCCCUACAAAAGGAGGUUGUAUGAAAUAAGGGAACAGGGGAGAAGGGACCACAUUGAUUGAAGGAGCCCAGGAAGCCGUCCUUAGGAGUCACAACUUUUAUCAGAUCUGGUCCUGCCAUAUCUUCUUUAGUGCAGUUUUUUUUUCUAAGACUGUCCUUUAGUCAUUUGUGUCUGGGGUGGGCAAAGGAGUUGCUGGGCCCCCCUUGCCUGGUCAUCCCUGUCUCCCUAAAUCAUUCU